GUUAGGGGCCCGGUCCUACUGAAUAGGUUGUUUCUUUCCCAGACCCCAGGCCCUGUGGUGGCAAGGACUCUGCCUGCUACAAAUAUUUAAAGGAUGAGGGGCCACUGAGCCCAGCAAGGGAAGGUGGAGAUGGGGUGGAGGUUAGGAGGAGAGACAGGGAGUGCUCAAGAUGGGGGCAGGGGCCUUUAGGGCUGGAUUUCCCGGGCCGGUAGGAAAAAAGGAUGAGCAUCCAAACCCCGGCGAGGGAAGGGGGGGCUGGGAAGCAGGACGGGGCGGAGGGGAGCCUGGCGCAAGAAGAGAGCUGGCCGGCUGACCCCAGCGGUGACAGGCAGGUGCCCGGGGAGCACCCCUCAGAGCCCCGGAGACUCUCCGUGCUGCCCCUGUGGUGGAGGAUGACGCACAGCUCCCGCUGGGUAGCGCGGGUGCUGGCCUCGGAGCUCAGCCUCGUCGCCUUCAUCCUGCUGCUGGCCAUGGUGUUCUCCAAGAAGUGGCUGUGCCUCUCCGGGAGCCGCGUCUACCAGCGCUGGCCCACCAACGUCAGCGCGAGAAUCUACACGUCGGCUCGUCUCAUGUCCAUGGGGCUCCUGUACAUCUGCAAAUCCAAGAGCUGCUCCAGCUCCGAAAACGGGAAAGAUAGUUUUAAGCUGUGGGAAAAUCACCCGGUCUUCGGGGUGGCCCGGAUAACCUUCUGCCUGACCCUGGGGCUGGGCUUUGUCUUCACCGUCUGGUUGCACCUGCCGUAUCUACCUGGUCUGAAGAGACCGCCCUUCUUUAGCUGGAUCGGGACCAUCCUGAGCUUCUUUGAAGUUACCUUUAUCUUCUCCACCCUCCUGCUGUUCCCUAUUAACCUCUGGAUCUUUGAGUUGAAGAGGAAUUUAUCUGUCCCCAUCGGCUGGAGCUAUUUCAUAGGCUGGCUGGUGUUUGUCCUGUAUGUCACCUGCGGUGACCAAGAGGUCCCAGCGCCCUGGGCCAGGGUACCACCGGCACCAACUCCAACUCCAAUUCCACCCCGACCUCCGUCCACACCUUCUCCUCUGCCACUCCAUCACCACCGCUCUCAACUCCACCAGUUCUGACACCCCUCUGGGCUGCUCCUGCUCUCCGACCAAGCUUUCUGUGUAACGGCAGGAAUAAAACCGUGAGAGUCAGGCCCUACGACCGAGACACAGAUUGCCCUUUUGGAUUACGAACUUCGUCGAGCCUCACGAACACGUGCGGCACCUGCCUGGGGCAGCACCGGCAAUGACCGCUGGGAUUCAGACAUCCCGCACGGAGAGGCUGGUCUCCCAGGAGAGCCGCUGUGGCCGAUCUGUCGAAUCCUUCCAGAUGGAGCCGCCACGCCAGCCAGCUAGAGGAGAGAAGGCACAAAAUCCGAGUGGGGUAGGUAGAUGAAAGCUGUAUGUCUUAGCGGGCCAAGCCGUCCGAUACUGCUGUUUCCGCAGUUAAAUGCUGCCAAUUUCAUAAGGUUCAACCUAAUACGUCUGACUGGUUUCUAUUUGA